UCGCGAUGCGUGUCAUGUGACAGGCCUGUGUGAAAAAUGCCAACAUGGACCCGUGGCAAGGACGAUGUUCUUCCCUACAAUAAUUUCAAACGGGACUUCUGGACUCAUUUUAUAUUGCACAUCCGCAAUCCGGACGUUACCAUCCGAAUUUACUCGAGCGUUUACAAACUGUGGUGUUCACUGGCGAUACCUUCACCCAUCCUCUGACCUCCAUACCAACAAAUGGUCUCGAUAAGCGACGGAGCGGUGGCCACUGCUAAUGAAUCGUUCACGGACCACACCUCGGCUGCCUUACACUUCGUAGAGGUGGGAAGCAGCGAGGGUGGAAGCUCCAUCUCGUGCUCCAGUCCUGAAUCCGGAGAUGCAGGUGCCCGGCUCAGCUGCAGCCCGGGCGAGGAAGAUGAGGAUGAAGGGCUGCUGCAGAAUUAUUUUGACUCCAAUGAGGACUUUUUGGCUCAGUCCAAGCUGCCAGAUUUUAUAUCUCAGCUCCCCAGCACCUUUUCUCCCACCCUGGAGGACAUUGAGGAAUUCUUGAUGGAGAAGAUGGAGCUGGUGAACGAUGCUCCUCCGAGUCCGGAGGAGAAGGAGAAGGAGGACGACCCUCCCGCGCAGCCGUCUUCCCCGGAGAGGUCGAAACCCACCGUGGCGACGCCGACCCCUGUGGCUCAAAGUCUCGGGGCCGCUGCAACUAGCGCCGCUCCAGUGCUAGUUGGUGCUCCACUGGUGCUACAGUUACAACCUCUCCACCUAAGCCACGCCCUCCCACAACCAGACACACAGACGGGUGUGGCCAGUGGGCUCCGAGUGGCCCACCUCGUGCUUGGUGUCCAAGGGGCACAGAACAUUACCCUUCUGUCAUCGCAGGUGCCCUCGGCAACCAUACUUCCAAUUGUUGGUGAAGCCAUCAACCAAGACCAAAAGUAUGUGAAGAUCGCCCCUCUGCCCAUCACGGUCAGGGCGGUUGGAAUUGCGGGCACGGGUCUUGUCAAAGCCAUCACGCCACGACCAUCCAGGCCCACCGCAGAAACCCUGCGGGUACAUAAGUGCUCUCACCCGGGGUGCGAGAAGAUGUACACCAAGAGCAGCCACCUUAAAGCUCAUUUUCGGAGACAUACGGGUGAGAAGCCCUACCUGUGCAGCUGGCCAGAUUGCGGGUGGAGGUUCUCUCGCUCCGAUGAGUUAUCGCGCCACCGGCGGUCUCACUCGGGAGUCAAGCCUUAUGAGUGCACAAUGUGCGACAAAAAGUUCGCCAGGAGCGACCACCUGUCCAAACACACCAAGGUGCACCGGGGUCCACGUGCUGGCAGACUGGUCAGGGCCAACGUCUGACUGCCGGAUCCCAGACCCACGGCUGGAGUCUCUUACUUAGUUCAAGCAAUGAUAUCUAAACAGGCUCAUAAGCUGUAACCCUUCGCCUUUAUUUUGGUCUGUUUCCCCGAGUUUUUUAUGGUUAAUCCAGGCAUUUGUUUUUCUUGGUGCUACAGUCAGCUAACUUGAAUCUCAGGGAUGUGAUUAUUAA